GGGAAUUUGGAGUGGAAAAUGGGGUGUGUCCAUAGCAACGUGCGGAUGCAAAAGCUGAAGGAGGUUGGAGGAAGUCCCAUCAAAACCAAGUCUGAGGUCCACCCUGAGAUUGUGGAGCUCACAGAGUUGGCAUCGUCGGGGAAACACAGCUUCACUGAGAAAAGCUUCAGGAGACAAAUGUGUGACGUGUGCAAAAAGAACAUCACCAGGAGCGGGAACAUAUGCACAGAUUGUAAACUGGCAGUGCACAAGUCAUGUCAGUCCAAGGUGUUAUCGUCCUGCUCGUCACCUCUCGACCAGCUCAGCUCCAGCAGCAAGUCUUUAUCGCUGAAAAAAAGAGGCUCCCUUCCGAGGAGCAGGAGUGUGGAGCGGGUGAUGGAGCAGAGGUAUGACUUUGACCUGACCUACAUCACUGAGAGGAUCAUCUCAGUGUUUUUCCCUGAGUUGGACGAGGCGCAGUACCACCACAACAUCCAGGAGGUGGCGCUCAUGCUCAAGAACAAGCACCACCACAAGUUCCUGCUCUUAAAUUUAUCAGAGAAACGACAUGACAUCACCAAACUCAACCCAAAGGUGCAGGACUUUGGCUGGCCUGACCUCCAUGCUCCCCCUUUGGACCGGAUCUGCUCCGUGUGCAAAGCCAUGGAGAGCUGGCUGUCCCAAGACCCCCAGAACGUGGUGGUACUGCACUGUAAGGGUAACAAAGGGAAGACUGGAGUGAUUGUGGCAGCGUACAUGCACUACAGCAAGAUCUCUGCAGGAGUGGAACAGGCACUCACCACUUUGGCCAUGAGGAAGUUUUGUGAAGACAAAGUGUCAUCUUCUCUGCAGCCGUCUCAGAACAGAUACAUAUACUACUUUGGUGGUCUCCUGUCGGGCCUCAUUCAGAUGAACAGCAGUCCUCUGUUCCUUCAGCAGAUCCUGGUCCCUGUGCUGAGCUUUGAGCCUGGAGGAGGUUUCUAUCCGUUUGUGAAGAUCUAUCAGUCUCUUCAGCUGGUGCACACGUCUGCGCUCUAUGACCCUCAAAACUCCAGAGCGAAGAAGCUGUGUGUGAGCCUGGACACGCCUCUGCUGCUCAAAGGAGACAUCAUGGUGAAGUGCUUCCACAGGCGCAGUGCUGCAGGGAGAGAGGAGGUGUUCAGAGUGCAGUUCCACUCCUGUGCUGUGCACGGCGCUCAACUCUGGUUUAAGAAAUGUGACCUGGACCACGCCUGUAACGAUGACAGGUUUCCAGCGGACGCCACAGUGGAGUUUCUCUUCUCAAAUGGACCAGAAAAAAUCAAAGGUCGUGAGUAUCGUAAAAACGAUUCGUGUGUGAAAGUGGACAGUGAUGUGUCUGACCCAGUCAUGAGGUGGGACUCUUACGAGAACUUCAACCUGCACCAUGAAGACAGCGUGGAGAACAUCUCUCACACUCGGGGCCCUCUGGACGGCAGCCUGUACGCUCAGGUCCGGAAACGUCGUGGCCCUGGCUCCGCUCCCAAAUGCUCCUCUACCAAUGGGAACCUCCGAAACGGCCCCACUGUGAGGUCUGCCCCAAGCCUGCCCCGCCCACUUCCCUCUAUUCCGCUUGAAGAACUGGAGCCUCCAAACCAAUCAACUCCCUCGGACAAGACUAAAGAGAAGGACAGAGAGACCGCCAUUUUGGAUGACGCCGAAACCAAAAAAGAUAAUUCGUGUUGUCCUCAAAAUGUCCACAAGAGUGUGCCACGUGAGAAAGAGCCGUGUCUCGUGAAUUCGCACUGUCAUAACCGAUGUAACUGUGUGAAAAAUAACCCAAAAAGCCAAACUUUACCUGCGCUGGUCUCCAAAUCAAUCUCUCCUCCUCCAACUCCACAAAUGUCCAGUUCUCAGGUAGAGCUAUGCCAUCGCCACAGCGCAUUCUCACAUCAAGAGCUACAAAUCCAGCGGCCCUCUCUGGCUCCUCUGGCUCCUCUGGCUCCUCUGGCUCCUCAGGCUCCUCUGGCUCCUCUGGCCUUAAACCAGCCGUGCGUGUACCAGAAGUGCUUCCCCUGCCCACAGAUUGAGCAGCAUCACAGCCAUGUUUUAACCAACUCCUCCAGGCUCUGCUCCGGUUCAGAUUUCCAGUUGUACAUCCCGAGUCAGAGUCCGUCCACACACCUGUCCCAGCCCGCGCUCACGUCAGGCCCCUAUCGAGAGCUGAUCAUCGGGCCACCACAUGCGCUCUGCCCCUGUAGAGACUGCACCUCCAGGGGACCAAUCAGGACAUUCCACGCCAUGCACUCGGACCAAUCAGACGGCUCGCAGUGGUCACAUGGGACCAGACAGAGGGAGUUGUGGGAGACUCCGUGGCAGAGAGAGCCAGAGUUCUGGCAGUACCAUAAGCCCUCGGUACAAGCCUUCCACUCGUGCCCAGCGACAGUGAGCCCGAGUCCAGCCUUAGACCAGCGGAGGUUCCCCUGUGGAGCUCAAGGACUCAGCCAGGCCUUCCCCAGCCCACAGUCCCAGACCGAUGUGAGGGAGGGGGGCAGGGCCGAGUACCACGGUCCCCCUCAGCUGGAGACACGCCUCUCUUGCCCUCCUGCCCCGGCAGCCAUGUUGAGGAGUGCAGAGAGUCCUGUGAGCAGAGGGUAUGUGUCAGGGUCCAACUCACCCCUCCCCGCGGGCACCCCCUCCCCAAAGAGAGCCUCACUGCCCCCGGACCCCCCCGGCUCCUCCCACCAGUGCACAGACUCGACUGGUGCCGAGCGUGAGGGUCAGAGGUCACCAGAGUCUGAACACGACUACACAGUGAUCAGCAGCAGCCCCACCGGACACAGUGUGACUCCGGACAGCGCUGCAGCCCAAAGCCCAGAAACCAAACUCUCCCUCCACAACACUGACACAUCCUCACCAUCAGAUCUGAACAGUCCCACCCUGCCCUCUGCAACCUGCCCCCAAGUCCCCCCAGACCCAGCCAAAACCCAACAGCCUGCCCCUGGAGCCACCACACCCGGGCCUCAAGCCUCCAGUCCGGUCCAGGUCCAGAUCAACGGUUCAGCUUUACCAAACCCAUCCGACGGCACCCAUUUUGUGAGCAUGAACACGUCCCCUAGCCCCACCUCCUCCCUCUCCUCCCCCUCCUCCCCUGAGCCCUCCCCCCUUCGCUCCUCCCUCUCCACAGACCAGAGUCUAACCCCAGACCUGCCAGAGCCCAAGCCACCAUCGCCAGUCCCCGAUGGGUAUAACACGCCCACGUUUCCGCUGGCGUCGUACUACUACCCUCUGCUCAACGUGCCCCAUGUGCCCUACACCGGGUACACCGCCGUCACCAUCCCCACCCAGCCUCCUCUGCCCGAGAAGAAGAGAGGAGCCAGCCAGUCAGGAGCCACCAGCGGGCACAGCGCUCUGCACAGGGUGACGUCAGCGCCCGUCCCCAGCCAGAGUGCCUCAUCUCUGGGCAGUGGGGAGCAGAGGAGGGGGUCUGCUCAGGUGGAGGGGGACAUCAGGGUCAAUGCAAAGUUUGUCCAGGACAGCUCCAAGUUCUGGUACAAACCCGGAAUCUCCAGGGACCAGGCGAUCGCGGUGCUGAAGGACAAAGAGCCCGGCUCCUUCCUGAUCCGUGACAGUAACUCUUUCCAGGGCGCGUACGGACUGGCCCUCAAAGUGGAGACGGCGCCCCCUAACGCCAACCUCACUGCCAAUAAAGGGGACGCUCUGGAGCAGCUCGUCAGACACUUCCUGAUUGAGACUGGGCCCAGAGGAGUCAAGAUCAAGGGCUGCCAAAACGAGGCUUACUUUGGAAGUCUGUCCGCUUUGGUGUUCCAGCAUUCGAUCACUCCUGUGUCUCUGCCCUGUGCCCUCCGCAUCCCGCAAAAAGAUCUGGUGGGAGAACUUGAGGAGCGUGAGAGUGUGAGCAGCACCAGCACAGCAGCCUCUCUCCUCAGACAGGGAGCAGCGUGUAAUGUGCUGUACCUGAACUCGGUGGAGACUGAGUCCCUGACUGGUCCGGAGGCGGUUUCCAAGGCAACCAAAGUGACUCUGUCUUUGAUCCCGCGUCCUGUGGCAACCGUGGUCCACUUCAAAGUGUCUGCGCAGGGCAUCACUCUGACAGACAGCAAACGCAGGCUGUUCUUCAGGAGACACUACCCCAUCAACACAGUGACCUUCAGCAGUCUGGACCCUCAGGACAAAAGAUGGACUCACUCUGAACGCACGUCCUGCAAGAUGUUUGGUUUUGUGGCACGGCGCACGGGCAGCUCCUCUGGAAAUGUAUGUCACCUGUUCGCCGAGAUCGACCCCGAGCAGCCGGCCUCCGCCAUCGUCAACUUCAUCAACAAAGUCAUGCUUGCACCACACCUGCGCAGAUAGAGCCACAUGUGUGCAGAGAAAGUCAGGAAUAAUAUCUUUUAAAACUGGAUUUCUACAGAUUUGCUUCAUAGGACUGGGGUGGGCGCUGCAAAACCUCUUCUCACUUAUCAGCAUUUGCAGUUGUCUAGAUAUCAUAUAGGAUAAAGCUUCCCAAACAUUUGAAAGUAAGAAUUAUUUAAACAAGGACUAAACCAGGUCAACAACUAGACUGUGAGCACUGAGCCAAGACUAAACUAGGACUAAACCAGGUCUAAAUCAAAACUAAGAUCUGCCUGCUUCAGACUAGAUUAAGCCUACACUAAAAUCAGGUGCUUAACAGGCCUAAACCAGGACUUACCCUGCAAAAAGCAACAUCUAGGCAAGUUUAAAUGACUUAAAUGAAGAAAGUUUGACUAUGUGAGUAGAUUCAACAUGGAAUAAGCAACAUUAGAUUUAGUUUCUUAUUUUAAGUGCAAAGAGUUUUUGUGUAGCAAGAUGUAUUUUCAUAUUUAAAGUAUAAAAAGUUUGUUCCGUUGGUAAAUCAUUUUACUUGUGAAACGAAAUUUACUCAAAUCAUGAUAAAACUUUCUUAAUUGAAGUCGUCGUAACGUGGCUAGAUUUGAGUUUUUGCAGUGUAAACUGAAACCACAUUCUGCUUCAUCAGGCCAACACUAAAAUCAGGACUAGAUAAGAUCUAAACCAGGACUUAACUAGAUCUAAAUGAGGAUUAACUAGGUCUAAACUAAGGCUAGAUUUUGCUUAAAACUCUACAGUAAAAUGAGUUCUUUAACCAGACUGAAAAAGUUUUAAACCAAGACUAAACUCGGUCUAAACCAGGACUCAACUGGAUAAACCCUGUACCACUGUUUGAGAACCACUGUCCUGUCGUUUAGUCCAGGUGCCCUCCCUGACUUCACCUUCUCCUUUUACACUGUCAUGGUAUUUAUCAGAUUUGUAUUUAGUGGCUCUAUUUUAAAAUGUUUCUAAAGGAAAGAGAUAUGCACAGUUUUAAGGGCUACUGGCAGGUUUCACUCCAGAUACUCCACUGAUUUGAAUUUGGACCACAAUUUGAAUAUUUUUAGGAGAUUUUAAUACAAUUUUACAAUUUUAUUUGACAAUACACUCUUGUUGUGUCCACGCGCAAGGCACUCAUGGGCCUUUAAUGCACCAGUUAAGAAUUUAAAUGCUAUUUUUAAGCCUAAGAAUUUAUAAUGAGUUUUGUAAAUUAUGCAAAAUUUGAACUGGAAUAUUUUUGAUGUAUUUAAAAUGUUGUCACACUAUGUUCCAAAGCACACUUGUAAAUAUAUGCAUUUUUCUAUCAUGUUUUUGAAAGAACAGAUAGUUUAGGAAGUAGAAGAUGGUUUGAGAAAUGUUGUGUUGUGUGUAAAAGAAAGGAAAUGGACACCGAAAGCGUUUGGUUUAGACGGCAAAAUGUUUAGUGUGCGACUUCAGAAUUUUGAUGUUAAGUUUUAUACAUUUAAUAACUUUAAAAUUUAGCCCAAAGCUGAAUAUUUACUGUAAAAUGCUGCUUAUGUCUUUGAUAAGUGCUAUUGUUGUUGUCAUCUUUCAAAAGAUUUUAAGGAUCAUGGUCAAUGUAGUUUCUUCUGACCUCCGCAAAAACAUUCAGGUUAGAGCAUACCAUAAAUUAAUAAAGUAUACCUGACCAAUUGAGGCGGGUAUAGUAGCCUAAUGUUUUACUCAAUUAAGAAUAAUAUUACUUCAAACAAUAUUACACAAGUAGAAGUAGAAAGUAGUGGCUUGAGAAAUUACUCAGGAAAGAGUAAAAAAGUAUUUGGGAAAACUACUAUUCAAAUAAGAGCAACUUAAAGAGUAACUGGUAAGUUUUUAUAUUUGAUUAUAUUUUAAGUUAUUAUUUAAAGCGAAUGUAAUUUGAAGGACAACCAUGAAAUGAAUCACAACAUCUGGUAUUUUCAAAGGACAGACACAAAAAUGAGACAAACUAAACCAUAUUUGAAGGAGCUGCAAGAAACACAAAUGUGCAAAUCAAUUCAGAAUGUCACAUUUGUCACUUUAGACUCACUGACGGUGGGAAGAGGAAGCACAACUUUUACUCAAGUAAGAGUACUGUUACACUGUACUAUAUAUUACUCAAGAUGGAGUAAGAGUAUGCAGCUACAAAAGUAUAAUUUCUUAAGUUACUCAAGUAAAUGUAACUGAGUACUACCCACCUCUACUUCCCAUAACCUUCCCUUAUAUCUUGCUCACAUGUUGGCUUUUAUGAAGCUCAUAGAAUCAUGUUGUAAGAGCUGUUGUUACAGUUAUAACACAUGUUUGAAUCUAAUCCUGACAGUGACAAUAGCACAAAAGGCUCAGGGCAUUUCGAGAAAAACAGUCACAUUUCUACUAUACUAUCCUCCCAUAUCACUAUGAAUAUCUGACCACCACAUCAGCACAUGUGUAUGUGCACAAGCAGCCUAUAAUAUACUGUGCCUAUUGACAACACGUGAGAAAUAAUAUGCCUUGAAUUUCUGAAAUAUAUGAAUAUGAAAACAGGAAUCCAACAUUAGUGACAUACCAAUGGUACUAGGGUCUAAAAUACAAAUAUGUCAAAGGGGCGAUAUUACACUGUUUCCACAUCACAAACAGACCUGGAGUUGUGUUUUGUUUCAUUCACACAUUUUUAACACACAAACAUGCAAGCAAGCUCAUGUUGUAAUACAGGACGUGCUCCACUCCAUACACCUACACUAAAAACAUUUGGAUAAUUUCAGCCCUGGAAUUGCCAAUCUCACUGAACUAAAGGAAAGAGAGAUGUUUACUUGAAAACAGCUCUACUGCAAGGUGGAACAAAGCAUGUUGAUCUUUGGAGAUGUAGACAGACUAAUCAUAAAGGAUUACUCAAAUGUGUGAAUGAAACAAAACAAAACACAACUAUGUUUUCGGUCAGGUAACAUUCUAAAGUGCGCAAGAGCCAAUUUUGUGUAAUAUAGGACCUUCAAAAGGACCCUAAAUAGACUACUAUAUGUGUCAUAAAAAUCAAAAAUAUCUAAAUAGUACUUUCACAGAGAAGUAGUGCAUUAAACUGGGUCCAACUAAAAAACAUUGCCUUAAAACUCCAACACCUGUGAACCAUAUAAAGUAUUGGAAUUGUUGGUGUCAUAUACAUUUAAAGUUUCUUUUCUGAA